AUUUUUACGCAACGUGAUCGCUUCUGCUGUAGCAUAGCAUCAGUACAUUUCGGAUGUGACUUUACAAUUCCUGCGCGAAUAAAUCGUCAGAGUGGGUUGCAGUGAUGCCUUUGAGAAAUGGGCAAGGUAUGUUGAACUAAACACCGCUACCUUUUGCUAAUCAGCGUUUUGAUAUGUGUAACGUUUUGCAGCUGGUGGUGGUGGGACUCAAUUGGGAAGCAAGCGGACUAUAGUAUGUUAGUUUCACAGUCAGAUGAGUCAGAUGUUGUACAAAUUUCUUUCGAUAUGAACCGAGAAUGCUGCAGACUUCGAUCAGUAAAAGCGAAUACUUAGACGACUUCAGUCGUCACUUAACAGCACAAAGUUAGCCAUUGAACUCUGAAAGAGAAAACAGAGGAUUUAUCUUACAGAUUGGUUGAUUUGGAAAAUGUACAUGCUUUAAAACAUGUUCCUCACAAACUUAAACCCAACUCGAAGUGUAUUAAUGCAAAAUGUCUGUCUCUUGAGGCAAACUUUGUUUUCGUCAUUGUUGUGUUUGAUCUGGGCAAACAGUUUCGGUUUCGCAGUAAUUGUAAUUAACUGCAGCUGCAUACACUCGCUAUCAGAUUGAGCGGAGAUGACGAAUCAUUCCUCAGCCGUGAUAUCUCCCUUCGCUCACUCAGGCGAACAGUCUUUGCCUUGCUUGGACUUUGAAAACACUUGAUAUUUUGGCUCUCUGUUUCGAUUCAACCUGGACUACUCUGGGUACUCUACACUCCUGAUGGCUUUCCAAUAAACAAAAAAUUAUGUAAUCACAUUCAUGUUGUUAUUAUGCUCGCCAUUUAUUGGUGGAAAUCGUCCUUGUUCAUUUCCGACGUAUGAGAGCCAAAUCUUUUGAGCUAAACCACGAUUUUACAUAUGAAUACCGACGUCUCCAGCGAACAGUCAUGAACCGUUACCGGCCCAUUUAUGUCGUACUUCCUGUCGCACCCUUCUGAAGAGCAAAGAUCAUUGUUAUUGCAAAAUUGAUUCAACCACUUGAUAUGAGAGGUUUCAGCGAUUUCAUAACUGCAUGUAAAGUAUAUAGAUCUCUUGUUCGUCGGCUAAUCUGAUUUCAUUUGACUUAUUGAGAUUCCAGAUCUCAAAACUGAAUAAUGCCCCAUUCACACCAAAGUUUAAACAUGUUUAAAAGUUGUUUUGUUAAACACAGUUUAAUUUUUUUUUCUUCAUAGAAACUAUUUAACCGAAUAUUUUUGACUUGAAUGUAGCACAUCGGAAAUGCAAGUUAGCAAGUACUUGAAUCCUAUGGAAAAUCAAGUUUUUCAGUUCUCUGUUUAUAAUUUUCAUUCAAUGAAAACCAGUUUAACAAAACAUGUUUUGCUGGUGUGAAUGGGGUAUAAGAAAGGUUUUGAAAGGAACUCACCGUUCUUCUUUCUUCUUGGUGGGCGUAAAGGACAAAUCACUUUGUUCUCCUUUGUUGUGCGAUUUGCGCAGAUCAUUACUGAUAUCAUACACAAUUCCCAUGUUUAACACACCUUUGUUUCUUUAGCAGAUUAGUCUUCCGCGUAGAUUAAGCUUUUCCUGAAGCUGAGGCGAAUUUUAAUUUGCCAGUGCUAUCAAUUGCCCGCCACACACCUCUGUUGCUCAGAUUCGAUUCCCGAAGUUAUGCGUCGAUCAAUUCGAAGCUUCAACAUCCCCCCCGAGAAACCCCUAAGCAUUAGAACUUUUGAAGAUUGGAUCGUUCAAAUUCUACCCCCAACCCCUCGCUGGGCCAAAAUUGUGCCGGAUUUGAUGGUCACUCUUUUUUUCGUAAAACAAGUGUACUCCACUAGGAAGACUUGACAGUUCGGUUUCAAAUUCCCCAACCCCCACAAAUACCCGUGUGUUGCCCGGAGGGGGGAAAGGUUGAAACUUCGAAUUGAUCGCCGUAUUAGCGUUACCUGUAGGAUUCUUCUAUCAUGGAUUCUUGUCACAUCAACUGUCAUUCGAUCGUGCCCGACGACGAACUACUUCGCGUCUACAUGGUUGCGCAUGCUUUCUAUGGUGUUCAAGGGUUCACUCCAUAUACUAUGGAGUCAGCUGGAUAAUUAUUUGAUUUAUCUCCUGUUGGUCUUGGCAGCAUAAACAGACCAGAAAAUGGGGAUCAACGCUUCCCUUAGCUUUAUUUUUUCUUGUAGUCGCGUUUUUUUGAACAACUAAAGUUCACCUUAUCACUUCUCUCAUAAUGCUGUAUAUCUACGUAUCACUGUCUAGGUGAUACCUCUGUGUCUUCCAAUUAAGAGGUUGGUGAAUUCUCAGCAGCUGUUGUCUACAUAAUGAAAACAUUACUGUACCCAUCUCCUGGUUUUGAUUCGAAAUUAAGUUGUGGCUUUCAAUGUUGAGGUGCCCUCUCUCUAGAUGCCGUUCUAGAAGCAAUUCGUUUCGUCGAAAUUUGGAAUUAUGUUAAAGGGGAUAAAAACACGAAAACGUGAAAACGUUUUCUUGGGGUUUAUUUCCUUGUAAUGGACGCGGAAACGCUGCAAGAACUUAUGAUUACUUCUCUCUUGGUCAACUGUAUUCAUUUGAUUGACAAACGUUAUUAAUCCCAUGUCUGUUAUUAGUCGGCAUUAGGCAACGUUUGAGUUUUUCACUACCAAUGAAUUUUUAUGGACUUUCUCUCGAAAAACAUCUUGAAAACUAAGAAAAGGCAGGGAUUUAUUUCCUUUUGGACUAAAUAUUACUGCAAGAACCUUAUUAUUCCUUUCUCUCUUGGUCAAUCCAGAUAUUAAUUCUCCGUUCUGUUUGCCAUACAUUUCUUAUUCUUUUAGAUCUGAGAAUUUGAUGGUCCGUUUAAUGGUAUUACUGAUUUGAUAAUUUCUUCACUUCGUAUUACGUUUCUGCUUAAAAAUUGUUUUGAUGUCGUGAAGGGAAAUCCAUCUUUGGUCACACCACUGCGUAAAAGAGUUGAAAGAAGUUGUACAGAGAGAUUGUACUACUCGUUUGGAAAGCAACGAUGAAGGACGGAAACAAAAAUUGUUUAAAUAAUUCGAGUGAGGGUAGCUCAGGAAAGAAAUGUUUCAAACAGUGGUGACUGACGUUUCAACUGCCUCAUCUAAAGUCAUAAUCAGAGUCAAGCUCGAUACGCGAAACGUUGUUUACGUUCCAUUGUAAUCGCAAAGUUAUUGCUUAGUGAUUGAAAUAUAUCGAGACUUGAGAGAAUUACUCAGUCUCGGCUACUUUGUUUUCGCUUUUGUUUUAGGCAUUGUUUCUCUCUCUUGGUUGAAUUUAUUGCAAAUAAUUUAAAUGUUGUCUUUGACUGUAAAUUUUGGCGCAGUUUCUCGGAAAAUUCGAUGGAAUGACCACAUGCCGAGUGCUCGUUGACUUCUCACCAUGUCCAUGUGUUGCGAUUUCUGUGGUACAUAUGAAAUAAAUUACAUAUUGACCUGUCGAUAAGGCAACAUUUGACGAAGCGAUCAUCGCAGGUUAACUAAAUUAAAGUCAUAUCAAUAAACCGUUGCAAUCGAUCUUUCCGUUUUUGCUGAAACUUGGAAAUCAGCCCAGUUUUUUGAAAAAAAAAUUAAAAAAAAAAAAAAACGGCAAUACGAUCACGUACUGAAAAUUUUAAGCUCCACCUCUAUAAUUAAUUACAAUAAGCACUGACGGGCGAUAGUAAUUAAAACUUUAACAUCUCAAUUGGAAACAUUACGGACUUCGUUAUCCCCUUUUUAAUCAUUGAUAACAUAAAGGUAUCGGAUAGCCCAUGAGUAGCCGUGCCCUCCCACAAUGAGAACGAAAUGGAGGGAGUUGCCUAACGUAGGAGGCUUGCUGUCAGAAUGAUUAUUGCACAGCGACUCUUCGUUAUGGCUCACAGUUUAUAGAACAGAUACAAUCACUCUGUUCCUGAUGAGUGCAAUGCAGCUGUAUAUGAAUGUUGUUCAUCUCAUCUCAUGAUCGCAGAUCACGGAAAUCCAAGCAUUGCAAACUAUGUCGCGAUCUGGUGACAAGGGAAUGUCAAAUUAAUGUGUCAGUGAAUAGCAAGGGUUUUUUAAACAGAGGUUCUGAAAUGUGAUAAAGGGCGUCGAAUUUAAGAAUGAAUCAGUAUUGACACUCGCUAUUAGAGAUUUGAGUCUUGGUUUAUAGAUUUGAUGAUAGAUGAAGUUUACCCAACACACUUUUCGGAGUGAAAUGACCGCAGAAAAAGAUCGCAUUGGCUGUCAACAAGAAAACGGUCUUGCAUGAUCGGUCGGGAAAGGGAUUUCAAGAUCUUUUGUUUUCGCUGUUUUUUUUUUUCUUUUGUUCUGAAGGCGAAUAUAAAGUAUAAUUUUUUUUACUUAUAACGUUGUCUGAAGGCUUCCUGUUUUUCUGUUCUGCCGACUUGCCUUAGGUAAACAAUCUUUAUUUAGAAACCAAAACAGUAAAGGUUAUGGACCUCUAAUAAUGCUCACAACAGAUCGAAAUGUAUUUAGUCUAUUGGUGUAUUCAUCUCUAAGCGCAGACCUUUAUCACGAAGUGUUGUGGAUAAACUGCUGCCAAUUUGAAAAUUUGACUUGUUACUUCAGUUUUGUUAAGGUGUUUGUAUUUUGAUUAAACAGUUUGUUUAAUUUAAUCAGUACAUACUUAAACUACAUUUCUGUUAUCAUAAAAUACACUAUUUAGCCGAAAAAUAUUGAGCGAAAAUGAAUGUGAUGACAGCUGUGAUAUGGUCGUAUGUCACUCCAACGAAAAAUAGAUCGUCUUAGAUUCCUAAGCAAAUAGAUUAUAACUGAGCAGUGGAAUUUGUCACGAGACAGUCAACGUCAAAAAUUCAGACCGUCUUACUGAGUUAGGUAAAGUUUCAAAGCCAAGGAAUCAUCUUACAGAGUAAGACGGAGACUUAAGCACUGCAAGCAUCGUGCAUCCGGCUGCGGCUGUUUACAACUGAAAAGCUAAGCAAACAGUUCUUUCGCGAGGAAGUCCGACAGGAAGUGAGGUACUCAAUCCACUCUAAAAUUAAUUUGUGCAUUCGGGAAGCGGCAGCGGCAAUAGCAUGUUCCAUAGUAAUUACAUGUCACCAAAAUUCAAAGAGAGAAUUUUGUUUUACGUAAUCACUUUUCCUUGUUUAGUUUCAGAAAGUUCUGUCCCUUAACUAAUUCUGACGUAUGUGUUACUGUUUGAUUUCGAUUGUUAGAGUUUGUAGUCUUUGCAAAUAAGAUCACAGUUUCUCCUGAUUUCCUAAGCUCCGUUACACGUUUAAGUCAUGUUUGGUCCGGUCGAACUAAAACUUAGCGAAUGCCAAUUUUAUGGAAUUAAACCGAUUUGUGAAGGAAGAAACACUUUCAUUCCGCAACAGCAUUUCAUAACAUAUCGGGAGGGCGGAGCGCGGACGAAAAUAACGUGGAAUGACUGACAGAACCAAGAGAAUAUUCUCCUGAAAGAACUGACGAUGAUAUAAAAACAGAGUUUGGUUUUUUCCUGAUGAUUCUGUGAAAUGUCGACGCGUCGUGUUAACCACGAAAUGAAAUAAUCAAUUGUAACGUAAUUGCAAGACUAAGUUGAACUUCUGAAUUCAGAGAACCACUCAUUUAAGAAAAUCUCUGUUGCUUCUUGCUGCCAGAUCUGUUUAUUUAGAGAUACUAGAACUGCUUACACGUCGAUGUGACAUAGAAGUAAAACCACUGAUGAAAUUUCCAAGCUGGCGCUACUUCACGGUAUGCUUUUAAUAAGCCAAUACGUCGAUUAGCACCGAAGGAUAUCUUUUAUAUCUAAGCGAGUAAUUAAUGAAGUAAACUGCGAAAAAAAAAGAACCAUCAGAAAAUACUGGCUUCGACUGGGUUUGAACAAGUGCCAUCUGUAUAAUAGUUUAUGCGCUCUGAGCUACAAGUUCAGAGCGAGGCAAACCUCAUUGGAUUCUUUCCUCUCAUUGAAGGAGUCUGAUCGCAAAUAAGUGGAAUAAUUUUCCUUUAUUUGUAGCACCAUUUAAGAUCCAUUGGCUUCAGUUUCGAGAUGUACACAAACAGCAUUGCAUUAAAUGCACAUGCUUGCUGGAAGACUCAGUCUGAAUACACACUCUUAAGCUUAAUACAAUGAUUUACAGAGCUAGAAACACUUUAGACCGAGUGACAAACAAGAAACCCCUUGAAAGUUCAAAUGCUUUCAUUCGAUUGUCUAAUUUGCAUGAAGGACGUUCAUUACCGCCACUCAACAAUUAAAAGCAUUAUGUUCAGUUGCAAAGAGCACUGCAUGCUUCAAAUGGCUGCCCCCAUUAAUCAACUUCAUUACUGACAGACUUAAAGAAAGUAAAAUUACUUUUCAAUUCAAUUUUCAUAUCAUUCAGUCGACUUUGAUCAUGGCUGUUUCUCAGAUUAUCGAAACUCCGUCACCGACGAAAACAACCCUCUUAUGUACGGCUUUCCAUUCAUACAUUCACCUUAGGUGACCUACGUAUAUUUGGCUAGGACAUGAAUGACUCGAAUGCUGAGCUGUUGAAGCAUUUGGCCAGUUUGAAAUAUUCAUUCUAUAGUUUUAAAAGGGACAUUUGAUAUUGCUCAUUUUUGUCCAUCUUCAUUUGUUCCUAAAUGCCAUACAGAACGUUGUAAAUUUUGUAACAGUGCUCUUAACUGUUUCAUGAAGUCUGACUCAAGUCUCCCUCAUUUUGGCCUUCGCGUCUUCCAGCUCUUGAGCUAUUACCUUCCGACCCAUAUUUUUCCAGAAAAGCCCCCUUAAUAUCAGCUUCCCAAAAAAAGUUUUCCUCCUACUUUCAACAAAAGUUCAAGUUUGGAUUACAGUUUGCGAGUAGAAGAUAACCAGUUUCUAUCAGUUAAGUUCCACGGAUGGAUACAUCGGAACACAUUGCUCCACUUUCGGUGAUUGCCUUAUAUUGAGUAUCCUACUUGUGUUGGAUAUGGACAAAUUCAUUGCAGGAUAACAAUUUCAAUUUAUUCUGCCUCCUAGUAAAUCUCCUCACCGAUCCGCGCGCGAGUUUUGACGGGGUCUGUACGAUCGUGGAGAGAGAUGCUACCUUAAUAGCCUUAAUGAAAAUUUCUUAAAUCCCCGCGAGAUCAAUAAUGAUUGCUUGGACCUUUCUAGCGACAGUUAAUUGACAAACCUAUCGCAGAAGAGAGACAGGAAUAUUUACCGAAGCCUAACCAUAAACUGAGCUUUCGUUGAACUCUACAUCUCGUUGUCGAUCUAUUGCCUUAUCCCUUUAGAGGCGCUGGUCACGUUUUAUCAGCGAGUGGCUGUUAAUUUCAUCUUCCGACGAGGUCAAACCCAGCAGAGUUUUUUAUUAUCGUAAGGGCACAGGCAGCCCAAGUUCCAGCUGUGAGACGAUCACUACAUAAGAGGGCUUCUCUUCUGUGGUUAGCCUCCUUUACAAACUCUUACAAUUUCGCCAGAAAAUGAUCAUCUCACAGCUGGAGCUUGGACCGCUUGCGGUAAGGGAAACUGAAUCUCGCACCUAUUCUCUGAAUAAAUGUGAACUACAAAACACGUUUGGCUAGUAAACCACGUGUUUGCAAUUACAAUUAGAGACACAACCACGCGUAUACAAUCACCAUCAGAGACAGGUCACGUUAAUACACUGAAUUCACGUAAAUUAGAUGUUUUCAUUCCUUUAGAGAUAUAUACAUUUACAGCUCGAGGGUAUUUUCAAUUGCGAAAAUUUCAUCGUCAACUCUUACCCCGUCCUUUGUAAAUCAUGAUCGAGUAACGUAGCGUGCAUACCUAGACCAACGUUUGUUCAGCCUGCGUGCAAGCUCUAGUAUUGUGAGGGUGUCUACGCCAUGCUUGCUAACCGUAGUAAUUUAGAAAGAUAAAUGGUGAAACAGAGAAUUAACUCUGAAGUGUAAAUUAAAUUCUCUGUUUCACCAUUUGUGUUCCCAGUGCUACGCGGCACAACGUUCAUAAUUUAGAAAGAUGUUUUAGUGCGGAAGUCAAUGAAAGCGGUGGACUCUUGAAAGGAUUAUUUUAAAAUACAUUUUUCUCUGAUUCUUUUACGUGUAUGUUAAUUUUCAUACAAGAGAGCUUAAGAUUGAUAAAAUCAAAAAGACGACGUGGUUUAUUGUAAUUGACUCCAUUCUUAUCGUACCAAGUGCUAAAUGACUGAUCAGAGAUGGGCAUUCAAGAGAAUUUCAAAAUAUUCUUUGGACAGAAGACAACUUUAGAUAGCUUAAAAAAAUGUCAGUUGUCCUCGAAUUGAUAACUUAAUUAUUCUCAAGUGAUUUUCAGUUGUUUCUGGAAGCUUAAAUUGUUAACUUUUUUUAAGGCAUUCCGCUAAAAACAUGCAAUAUUUACAGACUAAUUCAGAAGGGCAACGUGAGAUCAAGAAUUUAUUGCCUCUGGCUACAGGCAGCAAGCCACAAUUAAACAAUGACUGUUGACGACUCGCUAAAUUUAGGCAGACGUCGUUAACACUGGUCUGUGCCUCUCUCAGAUUCAUUGGACAAGGACUCCGCUAGCAGGCAAGCCAUGAAGCAGAGACGAAAACUCGGUUAUAGCAAUCAAGUUAACCUGCGCAACAUCCGAAUUGCCGUGAUGGGCCAAGACGGCGUCGGAAAGACAGGUAAGUUGAAGCACGCAACGUACAUUUGAGUGUUAAUGUGAAGUUACACAUGCUUUGCAAAAGCUCGCUUUUUAACAAAACUGUCCACAAUUUUUAAAAUUGUUUUUUUCUACGGUUACAAAUGACCCAAGUUCGAAAAUUACAUGAAAAGGUGACUUCAAAAUGGAAACACGUUUCGAAAUUUCUUGUUUGGUCGCGGUUGCAGUAGUCUGAGUUCGAUUUUGAAGUUUGCUUUUAAAGUGUCUUGUGUAAAAUUUAACUUUAACAAAUUGACUCUUCAAUUUGCAAUGAACAGACGAUCGCAAUUUGUAAAUAAGAAACCAGGCGGAACUUACGGCAAUCUCAUAUUUGAGGUUUCCUGCUCGAUGAAGCCCUCAAGUACACAUCGACCACAAGUUCAAAACCAAUUGUCUGAGCUUUGUUUGUUUCCGUUAUUUGUCGCUAGUCAAUUUUCACCUUGAUUCCUACAUGAACAGACUUCACACAAUAUUUAAGAUAGAAGCACCAGUAAUAAAAACGCAUCGUAGCAUUAAAUUCCGGGAACAAGUCUUUAGAAGCGGCAGAAAAAUUGCCUUUCAAUCAAGGACUAGAUAUUUUAGCCGGGCAUAUACAAAGUCCAACAAAGAUUCCAUGAUUUCUUUAUGUAAAGGUUUACUGAUUGAUCGCUUUUACCCUUAUGGAUGAAAUUAACGGGUUAACCAAUCCAAUACAAAUUCAAACAUCUUCUUCAUUACCAUGUUAUUAUUAGAUCAUGAAUAUUUUUUUUGUCGGUUCAUCUGUUUACGUUUGUUUGUCACUUUUUAAUUUCGUCGGACUCUCAAAAAUCACAUUUUCCCUCAACCGAGGGCUUAUCAUGGAUAAGAACUAUCAAUGUAUUUAGAUGUGUUCCUCAACAGUAUGCUCACAGUGAGAACUUCUCAGUGUUUAUUGUUUUUUUUCUGUUUAUCAAUUCUAAUAAUGAUCCUAACUGAUGAGGAAAAAAAAUACUUUUACAUUGUAGCUCUCACGGUACGAUUCCUAACAAAGCGUUUUAUUGGAGAAUACGACCAAACGUUAGGUAAGUAAGUGAUUUUAUUUUUGGUUCAUUUCUUCUUCCUGCCGGUUAAAAGCAUAUCUGAUGUAGACGGGGUAUAGUUAACGACCUUUCAACGGCUGUGAUUAAAUUUCUUUCCGGAAAGUAAUAGCGAAGUAGAAUUUUCCUCGUGCAGGGCAUAUGUCUUCGUAGCACGCAACAGAACACAAGAAAACAGAAUAUCUUGAAGGCACGGGACCAUGCUAGUGCCUGUUAAGUCCGUAUUCUUUUACAGUUAUUUUACUUUUUACAAUUUCUUCACUUGCAGUUCAUCUACGAUGAUCAAUUCGCUACUUUUGGUGCGCAGGGUUUUUUGCUAAAAGCGUUUGCUUCAUUGCUCGCGUCUUCAUACGUCAGUACACAGAGCAAACGUACAAAUCAUUUCAAGCCGCGUUGGUCAUGUUAGCAUAAACCAUAGGAGUCAUUUAAUCACUUGCCGCCCUAGAUUCGCAAUUGACGUAAUUUUUCCUAAAUAGGAAACUGCCUCCAUUGUAGUCCAAAGUUGUCCCUCCGCGGGAAAGUUAUGCUUCAGCGACGAAUUCGUGAGCAGUACAGUUCAAGACACGCAACAAACAAAAGAAACUUCGAGUAAAUUUAUGAAACUCUGUGCAAUAUUUUCCUUUUCAACUUGCAUUCAUAUUUUGAGAACGUGAUGUGAGCGAACUGCAUAUGUUGAAGGGAAAAUCUGGUUUUGUCUCCAAAAAAAUUUCAAUUUUCACAUAGAAGUGGCAGUUAUACUGUGAGUUGCAAAAAUUCGCAUAGAUUGAAAUUAAGGCUUUGAUGUAAACUUUGCCUCGAAGCAACUGAAGCUGUUUCGUACCAACUUAAUUUGUUUAUUAAUUUAUGUUCCUCCUCUGUUGUACUGGCAACGCAUCAAUGGUUCAAAAUAUUUUGACGGCACGUUUCCACCUACGCUGAAUAACUCGGUUGUUUUGAAGUGCUUCCAGCAAAUCAGAAGAAUAUUCCCGCCGCUUCUUAAGACAGCUGCUCAUCUGAAAACGGUUCUUCCAUCAAGUUUUGCAACUUCGUGUCAUGUCUGAAUUUGAUUUGUAACUGGUUAUAUUUGAUGCAUAAUCAAGAGGUCUUGAUCGGUAAAUAAUCCCACUUAAUGUAUCACCCAGACUGAACCACCGACUGCUUUUCGAUAAGGAUCGUUUUGAUAGGUUUCGCUCUUCUUAACAGGCCAGACUGAACUUAAAAGGUUUCUUGCGAGAGCUGAAAGUGUCAACAAUUAAGAUCCUGUUUCUAAAAAGAUACACGUCCUUCUCACCAAUCUCUUGCAACAAGCGCUAGCUUAUCGGGAAAAGACACGUUAGUCUGAAGUAGCUGCAAUAACCACUGUACAAAGAUUCAAGAAAACUGAUAAACUCUGUAAAACUUCUGCGUUGUAAUAGCUUGUUGGUUCUUUUCACAGAAACAACUAAUAGACAUCACAUCGACGUGGAUGGAGAAUAUGUUGCACUGGACAUUUUGGACACAGCAGGAAAGGUAAAUCUUCCAGUUAAUUACACAGAACUGCAUGAGAGGAUACAUCGUUUCCAGACUCCCUAAGCAAGAACAAGGGAGAGAGAGAGAGGGGUGGGAAGGACAAAGAUUGACUACUCCCUUCAUUUUUUUUAGAACUCGGAAGAGAAGCUUGAGAACAUCAUUGGGUACGCAGACAUCUUCCUUGUUCUCUACUCCAUCACAGACCGCGCCAGUUUUCAAGAAGCCGGUAAGAUCGUCAAGUACAUAAGACGUUACAGAACUCUGGACUCCAGCAGUAUAAUUAUCGCGGGAACUAAGCGCGAUUUGGAACACUUCAGAACCGUUCGCGAGACAGACGGCUCAAGACUCACCUAUUCCCUCAACUGUGGUUUCUUCGAGAUAUCAAUUUCCGAGAGUUUUGCUGAAACAGUAAACAUGUUUAAUGAGAUCUUGAGACAAUAUUUAAACGCGCAUCCUUCGCAAGAUCCAGCUGGCACAAUUACCACUCCUCACUCCCCGACCCCCAUGAUUUCUCCACAUAAAGAAAUGAAGUCUCCGUCUUCUUGGGCAAAGGUCAAAGGAUUGAAGACAAUGCCUUUUAGAAGAAAGUCUACACAGGCUGUUGCCUGUUAAUUAGCUUGGCUUGGAAAGAAACGCCCAGAAUUUAUGUCUCUGGGAAAUUUAGCCACGCACGUAGCAUUUAUACGGAUGAUAAGGAAAAUAACAGGGAAUAUAUAAAGCAACACAGUUUCCUCAUUGCAUCCGAGAGGAUUCGCUUUUAAAGGACUCUUGUAUACGAUUCUCAACCCAGACAACUUCAGAUAUCUGGAAAUAGACACUUCUUAAAUUUAGACAUUUGAGUUUGAAAAUCAAACUUGGACCCCGCGUAGGAUCAAGUAAAAUCCACGCGAAAUAUGCAGUAUAAACAUGUAAUAUGGAGCUUCACCCAUUUGAGGAUGAAGAAAACCGUAGUUUAUGGAUUACGAUCUGAAUCGAUAUAACCUGUGUAUAAACGUGUAUUAAUAUUUUCAGUUUUCUUCUGCUACUAAUUUAACUGUAGCCGGAAGUAAUUAUAAAAAGAUCCCCCACAAGACAAGCUUGGAAAUUUUAUCACCACCUUAGUCUGCACAGUUCAUAGUUUUUGGGAGCGCACGAUUUACAAACUCAUCUGCUGCGCAGGUUACAGCAACCUUCCCCAUUGCUCAUAUGUUAGAUUCUUUAGUGAAACUCCUUCCGGGCAAUUAGCUCUAUGCAGUACUCAGAAAUCUCCAUGCUCAAUGAAGUGGGUGUGCAAAAGACGAAGGGAACGCCUACGUGUUUCGCUUCUCCUUCCUGUAAAUCUUUCCUCUUUUGGCUCGUUCCCAUUCCAAAGACCUAGGGUAGAGAAAGAUUUCUAUCAGAAAUACGAACUAAUAAUGCUUUUCUUGUCUAUAUGCUAGGCAUUAAUUUAGUCUGCAAAAAGCAAGAGACCAAAUCCAGAAUACACAAGGCUCUAGGGUAUUCUGACAUGUUAGACAAAAUGUUAUAAAUAAAAUUAUUUACUUGAACAGUAACGUUUUAGGUUUGUUAAUUUGUAUAGAAUCUAUAAACAGUUGGUAAUUAAUUGGUCUUUGAAAGAAAAAAGUGCCAAUAAAACACUGUAU